AUGAAAACAGGGAGAGAUUCGUCGGUUGAGAGUGAAAAUGAGCAAAGGUGUACUCUCGACUGGUGUGAGGCGCGGCGACUAGGAUCCUCGUGGGGCUUUUCCUUCCACUGUCCACCGAAGUCUGACAAUUGGAACCAACAAGGCCAACAGCAGCAGCAGCAGCUGCAGCCAUUUGCUGGUCCUGCUGGCUCUGGGCCGCACCAUUCAAGUCUGAGGGGUCAGCUGGCGACGAGGAUGAUGUGGGAGGUGAUCCCGAGCCCCCAGAAGCUGAGAGUUCUCCCGUGGAGCGUAUUAUCGCGACUGGCCUGGCCAUCGGAGCCGGAGGUGGUGGCGGCAACAUCGAACUUGGAUAAUACUGUGAGAACUUUUGCAUGCCAGCGCGUUGACCAGUCAAUUGGGCCUGGAAAAUUCACAUACAACUGA